CCAAAAUCGUUAACUUUUCUGUUAUCGCUUUUUAACUAAACAAUUUUCGUUAAAACACUUUACUGAAUACCACCACUGAGGGGCAGCUGGCAUUACCUCUAUUGAUCUAUCUUGUAUGGUAAAUAGCAUUACUUGCUUUUUGCGCCAUGCCCUCAAAAAGAAACGACUUUUCGUGUGUUCUGGCGAUCCACUAACAGCCAUCAGAACGAUGAGAAAAAGAAAAUCAAAGCGAACGAAACCCAGAAUGAACCGGGUCAGGUUUUGGACAAUAACAUGAAAGGUAGAAGCGUAAAGAAAUCAACGUCUCCACAGCUCCAGGAGCUGGUGCAGUAUAUGGUGGACAAUCCAAUAUUUGCUAUGGGAAUGCCUGUAUAUGGAGCCUGCAAAAGUUCAGUAGAGGAACAGUGGAAAGCACUUACAAAAAAAUUAAAUUUCUUGGGGCCUCCGACCCGUACUACAACUGAAUGGAAAAAGACUUGGGCCGACUUGAAAUCUCGCACCAAAAAGAAACUAAUUGAGAACAAUAAAUGUCUCGAAGAAAAUGAGGGCGGCAUUUACCGCUAUAAUCCACUAACGGAGUUUGAGCAAGCGAUUGAGCGUACGGUGUUUAGGAAUAGGCUUGAUGCCCCGAGCGAUAUAACCCACGGUUCGUCUCCAGAUCGAUCCGAGGAGUCAUCAGAAGAAGUUAUAGAGUGCACUAAGGCAGAAAUAAAGCCAAGUGAAAAUAAAGUGGAGGCACUCAUAUCGCCCACAAGGAGUCAGGAGGAACUCAGCAGCAGCUGCCAACAACUUCAAAAUAACACAUACAUUCCAAUAAACAAACCUGCCACUAAGAAACAGAUAGAAAAAGAGACUAGCAGACAGCAGAAGCAUUCCACAAAGUCCAGCAAAAAAAUUAGACUACUUAAGCAUGAACUUCCGGGUUGUUCGCCAGCCAAUAAAAAGAGCAAGCCUGUGGAACAGAUUAUGCUGAUAAAGCACCAAUUACGAAUUAGCGAGGAAAUGACAUCCACUGUCAAAACAGUCGCUGGUGCUGCAAGUAGAAUGGCAUUAGCUGUUGAAAGAAGUGCUGCAGCCAUUGAGGCUCAAAAUAAUAUUUUACAAGAGAUUCUAAAAGAAUUCAAAGAACAUAAUUAAAUAUAAUAUACAUUUUUAUACGGUAUAAUGUUUACACAAUA